AAGAAAGAAAGGGCAAACGCCACAACGGAACGCUUUGAAACGCAUCCGGUGGGGCAAGCAAGCGCAGAAGGGAAACGAUCAAGAAAUGCGAAGCCAUAGAUAUCUUUUCAACAAUGAUGCAAGGUCUCCACCACCAACAACAGCAACUGGCUGCUCUCCUUUCCGCUGCCCUCCCCAAAGACACCACCGCCGCGGCCACCGCUUCCGUCACUUCUUCUUCCUCCACCACUCCCUCAACUACGCUUCCCACAACUACAUCAACUACCACUGUUUCAACCAAAUCCGACGAAAACGACUCAGCUCGUCUUGCAGCUAUUAAUUCUCUCCACCGCGCCAUCAUUUACCCUCCUAACUCCAUCCUCGUCGCCCACUCCGCUUCUUUCCUCGCCCAAGGCUUCUCUCAACUUCUUUCUGACAAGUCAUACGCAGUGAGGCAGUCUGCUGCUAUUGCAUAUGCUGCUCUUUGUGCGGUUGUGUGUUCGGUCCCAAUAGGAUCAAGUGGGAGGCAAAACCAUGUUAUGCUCAGUAGUUUGGUGGACCGGUUCAUUGGAUGGGCUUUACCACUGCUUAGUAAUAUUAGUGCUGGGGACGGGACCACGGAACUGGCCUUGGAAGGUCUACGUGAGUUUCUUAGUGUUGGUGAUGUGGGUGCGAUUGAAAGAUAUGCUUUACCAAUCCUCAAAGCAUGCCAAGAACUUCUGGAGGAUGAGAGAACUUCCUUGAGUUUAUUACAUCGGCUUCUAAGUGUUUUGACUUUGAUAUCAUUGAAGUUUUCACUGUCUUUCCAACCGCAUUUUCUUGACAUUAUUGAUCUUCUUCUUGGAUGGGCAUUGGUGCCUGACCUUGCAGAAUCUGACAGGAGGGUCAUUAUGGAUAGUUUCUUGCAAUUUCAGAAGCAUUGGGUGGGUAAUUUGCAGUUUUCUCUGGGAUUGUUGUCUAAGUUCCUGGGAGACAUGGAUGUAUUGCUUCAGGAUGGGACCCAUGGAACCCCACAACAGUUUCGAAGGUUGCUUGCAUUGCUUUCUUGUUUUUCUACAGUUUUGCAAUCUACUGCAUCUGGAUUGCUGGAAAUGAAUCUACUUGAACAAAUAAGUGAACCUCUAAGCAAAAUGCUUCCCCGGUUAUUGGGAUGUUUAUCUGUUGUUGGAAAGAAGUUUGGAUGGUCAAGAUGGAUUGAGGAUUCUUGGAAGUGCUUGACUCUAUUGGCAGAAAUAUUACAAGAAAGGUUUUCCACGUUUUACCCACUUGCUAUUGACAUAUUAUUUCAGAGCUUGGAAUUGGGAAAUACUAGUCGGCCUGUUGGAGCUGGGAAGAUAACCUCCUUUCAAGUUCAUGGAGUGUUAAAAACUAAUCUUCAAUUAUUAUCUUUGCAAAAGCUUGGCCUCCUUCCCUCAUCUGUGAAGAAAAUUCUUCAUUUUGACAGAGCAAUAUCUCAGCUACGCUUGCAUCCAAAUCAUUUAGUCACUGGAAGUUCUGCAGCUACUUAUGUUUUCUUGCUUCAACAGGGGAAUGAUGAAAUAGUUCAACAGGCAAUGACCUUGUUAACUGAAGAACUGGAGCUGUUGAAGGGUAUGCUUAAAAAAAAAUUAGUUCAUGGAGAGGAGGUUAAUAGUGCGGGGGAUUUGAGAUGUUACUCUAAACUUGAGUUGUUUGCAUUGAUUAAGUUUGAUUUGAAAGUUUUGUUAACCUCCGUUUCCUUGUGUGGAUGUAACAGUUUGAUUGUCCAACCAAAGAUCGCUGCCUUGUAUCUUCAGAGGUCAGAAAGUUUGAUUUCUUUUAUCAUUGAGAAGCUGAGUCCUUUUGAGUCACCUAUUCAGUUUUGUGUGGAAUUGCAAGUCCAUGUUAUCAAGACACUGGAUAGGUUAAGUAUGGUUAAAUUCUUUAGCAAGUGUUCCAUUAGAAAUCAAAGUGGCAACAUACCUGUUGGGGAUGCUGCUACUGAAAAAGUACUUGAUGGUAAUAGUCUUAGAGAUGUCCAUCCAGCUGUGAUUAUUGAGUAUCUAAGGGAGUUUGGCACACUUCUUGUUAGAGCUCUCCAUGUGUCUUCUCCUGUCGCAGUUAAAAUAGUUGCUUUGGAAUGGGUACAAAGAUUCUGUGAAAAUCUCAUUUCCAUAUGUGAGAGUCCAAAUAUGAGAUAUAAUUUUUAUGAAGAAUUUGGAUAUGUCUCUCUUUUUGGAGAUUUGAUUUUCUCUAUUUUGGAGGCUGCAUUUGACAGGGAACCAAAGGUCAGGUUACAUGUCACAUUAUCUUUGGAGCUGCUUUUGCAAGCUAGGUUGAUGCAUCCCUUGUACUUUAAUUCUGUUAGUGAUGUGGUCCUGGAAAAGCUUGGUGAUCCAGAUGCUGACAUUAGAAAUGCCUAUGUUAGGCUUCUGUCUCAAGUCUUGUUGACUACAAUGUAUGUAUAUGGUAUACAUGAUAUUGGAGCCUGUAGCAAUUCCAGGCCCCGAGCUCUUAUGUUAGGCAAUGGUUCAAACUUGUACUGGAAGCAAGUAUUUGCCUUAAAGCAGCUGCCUCAGCAGCUUCACUCUCAGCAACUUGUUUCCAUUUUGAGUUACAUUUCACAACGAUGGAAAGUGCCUCUUUCUUCUUGGAUCCAACGGCUUAUUCAUACAUGUAGGAGCUCUAAGGACAGCAGUUUGGGACAGCUUGAGGAGACUGGGAUUGUAGGUGCAAAUGAUCUAUGGUUGGAUAUAAAAAUGGAAAAUAUUCUUGAAAAAUUUUGCUCUGUUAAUAACCUCGCUGGUGCUUGGUGGGCCAUACAUGAGGCAGCUAGAUAUUGUAUUUCUACUCGCCUACGAACUAACCUUGGUGGGCCCACUCAAACUUUUGCAGCUUUGGAACGGAUGCUUUUGGAUGUUUCACAUGUGCUACAGCUUGACGGUGAACAGAAUGAUGGAAGCUUAAGUAUCAUAGGUUCUUCUGGCGCACACUUGUUGCCCAUGAGGUUAUUGUUGGAUUUCGUUGAGGCUCUUAAGAAAAAUGUAUAUAAUGCAUAUGAGGGAUCUGCUGUUUUACCAUCUGCUGGCCGACAGAGUUCAUUGUUUUUCCGGGCAAACAAGAAAGUGUGUGAGGAGUGGUUUUCUCGUAUUUGUGAGCCAAUGAUGAAUGCUGGUUUGGCAUUACAAUGCCACGAUGCUACCAUUCAGUACUGCACUCUGCGGCUGCAAGAGCUUAAAAAUCUGGUGGUGUCAGCUUUUAAAGAGAAGUCUCAGGCUCAGGUAACUGAAUACCUCCAUAACAUGAGGGAGAAAUAUAUUGGAGAUAUCUCAAGGAUUGUUCGGCACAUGUCAUUGGCUCUAUGCAGGAAUCAUGAAUCAGAGGCUCUAAUUGGUCUGCAAAAAUGGGUUUCACUUACCUUUUCUCCACUACUUUUGGAUGAAGACCAGUCAGUGAAUCACAGUGGCAUAGUUGAACCUUUCCAGUGGAUAACUGGGCUUGUAUAUCAGGCAGAAGGUCAAUAUGAAAAGGCUGUUUCUCAUUUUGCUCACUUGUUACAGACUGAGGAGUCACUCAGUACUAUGGGUUCUGAUGGUGCACAGUUUUGCAUUGCACGUAUUAUAGAGAGUUAUACGGCUGUAUCUGACUGGAAAUCUCUGGAAUCCUGGCUUUUAGAGUUGCAAACGCUGCGGGCUAAAUAUGCUGGAAAGAGUUAUUCUGGUGCUUUAACUACGGCUGGCAAUGAGAUGAAUGCAAUUCAUGCAUUGGCACAGUUCGAUGAGGGUGAUCUUCAGGCUGCAUGGGCAUACCUGGAUUUGACACCAAAAUCUAGCAGUGAACUCACACUUGAUCCCAAACUAGCCUUGCAAAGGAGUGAGCAGAUGCUUUUGCAGGCAUUGCUUUUUAAGAUUGAGGGAAAUCUGGACAAGGUGCCACAUGAAUUGCAGAAGGCCAAGUCAAUGCUGGAGGAAAUGUUGUCUGUUCUGCCACUUGAUGGAUUAGCUGAGGCUACUGCAUGUGUCACGCAGUUACAUUGCAUCUUUGCAGUUGGAGAAGGCUAUGACCUAAGCCAAGGGAACUGCUGGAAGCACAUGGGCAGCCAAGGCAAAUCCAAACUAAAUCAGACUGGUCUAGGUUCAUACUUGUUGCCACUGCAGCCUUUGAUUAAAGGAAUACAUCAAGAUUGUAACCCUUGGUUGAAAGUUCUCCGAGUUUAUCGAACCAUUUCCCCUACUUCUCCUGUUACCUUAAAGCUUUCUAUGAAUCUGAUGAGUUUGGCUCGUAAACAAGGAAAUCUGACGUUGGCAAACUGUUUGAUUAACUAUCUGAGAGAUCAUGUGUCGAGUUGCUCUCAUGAGAGAUACUGUAAUUUGCUAAACUUGAAUUUACAAUAUGAGGGAAUCUUGAUAUUGCACGCUGAGAACAAGAUUGAAGAUGCUUUUGCAAAUAUUUGGUCGUUCCUUCAUCCUUAUUUAUGUUCUUCAUCAUUUAUUGUUAAUGAUGUUGAUGAUGGUUUGAUGAAGGCCAAGGCUUGCUUGAAACUUUCAAAUUGGUUGAGACAGAAUUAUUCCAGUUUGAAUUUAAGGAAUAUUGUUCUCAGGAUGCUAUCAGAUCUAAAUGUGGCUACUGUUUCUUCCAGUGGCACAGGUGGUUAUUCUUUCAGUGAUGAAAACUUAAGCUCUAAAUGGAGCUUAGAUGUUAUUGUUGAGGAAAUAGUGGGUACAGCUACAAAGUUAUCCACUCAACUUUGUCCGAAAAUGGCCAAGUCUUGGAUUUCUUAUGCUUCUUGGUGUUUCAAUCAGGCCAAGAGCUCUGUUGCUAACCAGCAAGAGAAGUGUCUUCAGUCAUGCUCUUUUUCUCCUAUUCUGGUUUCUGAACUCACACCUAAAAGAUUCAAGAUGACCGAGGAUGAGAUCCAAAGAGUGGAAUCUGUUAUACUGCCACUUUUUCAGAAGAGGGAUAGUGCUGAACAUGUAGAUGAUGGAGCAGAGCAAUGGGGUUUUUGUUCUGGUUCUGCUGAAAAUUUGAGAACCAACAAUAUGUUGAUGACUUUGGUGCAGCAACUUGUGGAUAUUAUGGAGGCUGCAGCUGGAGCACCUGGUACAGAAAACUCUGGUGGUGAAAGGCUUUCUUCCACUCUAACUUCUCAGUUGCUGAGUUCUUUACAACAUGCAAAUUUUGGAAUAGAAGAAACACAUUUAACAUAUGUAAUUGAUAAGUUGAUUGAUAUUUGGUGGUCAUUGAGGAGGAGAAGAGUCUCCCUAUUUGGGCAUGCAGCUCAUGCUUUCAUAAAAUAUCUAUUAUAUUCGUCUACCAAGCUUUCUGAUGGUCGGUUGUCUGGUGAUUUUUGUCAGUCCCAAAAACAAAAAGUUGGCAGCUAUACCCUGAGAGCUACAUUAUAUGUCAUGCACGUUCUUCUCAACUAUGGAUUAGAGUUAAAAGACACACUUGAACCUGCGCUUUCAACAGUUCCUCUGUUGUCAUGGCAGGACAUUACACCUCAAUUGUUUGCUAGGUUGAGUUCGCAUCCUGAGGAAGUUGUCCGGAAGCAGAUAGAGAGCUUAUUAAUGAUGUUAGCCAAGCUUUCUCCUUCAUCUAUAGUGUACCCAACGCUGGUUGAUAUAAAUGCUUAUGAAGAGAAGCCCUCUGAGGAACUUCAGCACAUUCUUGGCUGUUUGAGAGAGCUUUAUCCAAGAUUAAUUCAGGAUGUGCAACUAGUGAUUAAUGAGCUGGGAAAUGUGACUGUCCUUUGGGAGGAACUAUGGCUGAGCACACUUCAGGAUCUUCACAUGGAUGUAAUGAGGCGUAUAAAUGUUCUGAAAGAGGAAGCUGCACGGAUUGCGGAGAAUACUACACUUAGCCAGAGUGAGAAGAACAAGAUAAAUGCUGCCAAAUACUCAGCUAUGAUGGCUCCCAUUGUUGUUGCUUUGGAACGCCGUCUAGCUUCAACUUCUAGGAAGCCUGAAACACCUCAUGAAUUAUGGUUCCAUCAUGAAUAUAAAGAGCAGUUAAAAUCGGCCAUUGUAAGCCUUAAGACUCCUCCAGCAUCUGCUGCUGCACUUGGAGAUGUUUGGCGGCCAUUUGACCAUAUUGCUGCAUCCUUAGCAUCUUAUCAGAGGAAAUCUUCAAUUUCUUUAGGGGAAGUUGCACCUCAGCUGGCUAUGUUAUCAUCCUCUGAUGUUCCAAUGCCUGGUCUUGAAAAGCAAGUCGCUCCAUUUGAAUCUGACAGAGCUCUCACUUCAGCUCUACAUGGAAUUGUCACAAUUGCUUCUUUCUCAGAACAUCUUACUAUCUUAUCAACCAAAACGAAACCAAAGAAACUUGUUAUUCUGGGUUCAGAUGGUAAAGCAUACACUUAUUUGUUGAAAGGACGUGAAGAUUUGCGUCUUGAUGCGAGAAUCAUGCAGCUGUUGCAAGCCAUAAAUAGUUUUCUACAUUCAUCUUCUGCUACUAACCAUAACUUGCUUGGCAUUCGCUACUAUUCUGUGACUCCAAUCAGUGGUCGGGCAGGUCUAAUCCAAUGGGUGGAUAAUGUGAUAAGCAUAUACAGCAUCUUUAAGUCUUGGCAAAACCGUGUCCAGGUUGCACAAGUUUCUGCUUUGGGAGCUGGAAGUGCAAAAAGUUCUGUUCCUCCUGUUCCCAGGCCAAGUGAUAUGUUCUAUGGAAAAAUUAUUCCUGCCCUCAAGGAGAAAGGCAUUAGGAGAGUAAUUUCCAGAAGGGAUUGGCCUCAUGAAGUCAAGCGUAAAGUUCUUUUGGAUCUUAUGAAGGAGGUUCCUAAGCAGCUUCUACAUCAAGAGCUUUGGUGUGCAAGUGAAGGGUUCAAAGCCUUUAACUCAAAACUGAAGAGGUAUUCUGGAAGUGUUGCAGCCAUGAGUAUGGUAGGUCACAUUCUGGGCCUUGGUGACAGGCAUUUGGAUAACAUCCUUUUGGAUUUCAGUAGUGGGGAUGUGGUGCAUAUUGAUUAUAAUGUUUGUUUUGAUAAAGGGCAAAGACUAAAAGUCCCAGAGAUUGUUCCAUUCCGGCUAACCCAGACAAUUGAGGCUGCAUUAGGGUUGACAGGCAUAGAAGGUACAUUUAGAGCAAAUUGCGAAGCAGUUGUCAGUGUUCUAAGGAAGAAUAAGGAUCUACUAUUGAUGUUACUGGAAGUAUUUGUAUGGGAUCCACUUAUAGAGUGGACACGUGGAGAUUUUCAUGAUGAUGCUGCCAUUGGUGGUGAAGAAAGAAAGGGCAUGGAGUUGGCUGUUAGCUUGAGUUUAUUUGCUUCUAGAGUGCAAGAAAUUCGUGUUCCCUUGCAGGAACAUCACGAUCUUUUGUUGGCUACAUUUCCAGCUGUCGAAUCUGCUCUUGAGAGGUUCAGAGAUGUUCUGAAUCAAUAUGAGCUUGUCUCUGCUCUUUUUUAUCGAGCUGACCAGGAGCGUUCAAAUCUUAUUUUACACGAGACAUCUGCAAAGUCAAUUGUUGCUGAAGCAACUUGUAAUUCAGAGAAAAUUUGUGCAUCAUUUGAAAUCCAAGCUCGAGAGUUCAAACAAGCAAAGAAUGUGGUAGCCGAGAAAGCUCAACAAGCUACAACUUGGAUUGAGCAGCAUGGAAGGAUACUUGAUGCUUUACGAGGCAAUUUAAUUCCUGAAAUCAGUGCCGGCAUGAAUCUCAGUGGUAUGGCAGAUGCUUUGUCUCUUACGUCUGCUGUUCCCGAAGCUGGAGUUCCGCUGACUAUAGUACCUGAGCCCACACAAGCCCAAUGCUAUGAUAUAGAUAGGGAAGUUUCUCAGCUUAUAGCUGAGUUGGAUCGUGGGCUCUCUUCUGCAGUAAUGGCACUUCAAGCCUAUUCAUUGGCUUUACAAAGAGUACUACCUUUGAAUUACCUCACAACCAGCACAGUGCAUGGCUGGGCACAAGUACUGCAGCUAUCUGCAAAUGCUGUUUCUUCUGACAUCCUUUCUCUAGCAAGAAGGCAGGCUUCUGAAUUGAUUGCAAAAGUACAUGGGGAUAACCUUGAGUUUAUGAAAAGCAGUCAUGAUGACCUUUGUUUUAAAGUGGAGAAAUACGCAGCAGAGAUUGAGAAAGUUGAGGAAGAGUGUGCUGAGCUGGUGAACUCAAUUGGCUCAAAGACUGAAUCAAAAGCUAAGGAUCGACUUAUGUUUGCUUUCAUGAAAUACAUGCAAUCUGCUGGUCUUGUAAGGAAGGAAGAUGCUAAUUCUUCUCUGCAAUAUGGAGAAUCAAAAUAUGAUGGUACAAAGGCUUCUAGAAUACGAGAGGAUCUGGAAGAGAAGAAAGACAAAGUCUUAUCUGUUCUUAGUGUAGCUGUGCGUUCAUUGUAUGAUGAUGUCAAGCAUAGGAUACUUGAAAUAUACAGUCAUACCAAUAGGGCUCAAAUCGAGAACAGUCGACCACAAUCUGAUCUUGGUACUGUCUUCUCUGGGUUUGAAGAGCAAGUGGACAAAUGCAUACUUGUUGCUGGAUUUGUAAAUGAACUAUGGCAGCAAAUUGGAGGAGACAUGCCGGGUGUUGAUAGAGAUUUAUAUUAUUCAAAGUAUUAUUCUGAAGGAAACUGGGCUUCAAUAUUCAAAACCAUUUUAAAUUGCUGUAAGAGUUUGAUUGGGGAAAUGACUGAAGUUGUUUUACCUGAUAUAAUGAGGUCUGCUGUUUCAUUCAAUACAGAAGUUAUGGAUGCAUUUGGAUUAAUCUCACAAAUAAGGGGAUCUAUUGACACGGCAUUGGAACAGCUAGUCGAAGUCGAAUUAGAGAGGGCAUCCUUGGCUGAACUAGAACAAAACUACUUUGUUAAGGUUGGCCUCAUUACUGAGCAACAGUUGGCUCUUGAGGAAGCUGCUAUGAAGGGUCGGGAUCAUCUAUCUUGGGAAGAAGCAGAGGAGCUGGCCUCUCAAGAAGAGGCUUGCCGGGCACAACUGGAACAGCUCCACCAAACUUGGAAUCAUAGAGAUAUGCGAACUUCUUCUCUCAUAAAAAGAGAAGCUGAGAUUAAAAAUUCCUUGGUUUCUUGUGAACAGCAUUUUCAGUCUCUAAUUACUGGUGAUGACUUUAGAGAGUCCCAUCGUUCAAAAAGCCAAGUAUUACUGGCCAUCUUAGUUAAACCCUUCUCUGAGUUAGAAUCAGUUGAUAAAGCAUUAUCUUCCUUGAGUAGCUCCUUUGCUCCUCAUUCAGAUGAAAUUCCUAAUUUAGUGGAAUUUUUGAGUUCUGGACACUCAGUAUCAGAGUGUGUUUGGAACUUUGGAUCUUUAUUAAACAACCAUUCUUUCUUUAUUUGGAAAAUAGGUGUUCUGGAUUCUAUCCUUGAUUCAUGCAUACAUGAUAUGGCUUCAUCAGUGGAUCAAAAUCUAGGAUUUGAACAGCUUUUUGAUGUUGUUAAGAGAAAGCUUGAAAUUCAACUUCAAGAGUAUAUUGGUCGCUACCUCAAAAUACGAAUUGCUCCAGCUUUACUAUCUUGGUUGGAUAAAGAAAAUGAACAUUUGAAGCUACUGACUGAGGGAGCAAAGGAGCCCAGUAAUGAUCAUGUAAGGAAGGAUGUUGAGGCUGUUAAAAAGGUCCAGCUUAUGCUUGAGGAGUACUGCAACACACAUGAAACUGCUAGAGCAGCAAGAUCAGCAGCUUCUGUCAUGAAAAGGCAGGUGAAUGAGCUAAAAGAAGCUCUUCGCAAGACUAUACUAGAGAUUGUGCAAAUGGAAUGGAUGCAUGAUGUUGGCUUGACCCCUUCACAUACUAGUAGAGUUCUGUUCCAGAAAUUUUUUUCUAAUGAUGAUGAAUUGUAUCCUGUUGUUCUAAACUUUAGUAGACCUAAGUUGCUGGAAACUAUGCAAUCUGUCUUAUCAAAAUUAGCUCGUGCAAUAGAGGGCCUAAAAUCGUGUGAGCACACUUCUAUUGUAGCAGAAGGUCAGCUGGAAAGAGCAAUGGGAUGGGCUUGUGGUGGACCAAAUUCCAGUGUAGCGGGAAAUUCGUCAGCCAAGGCUUCUGGAAUUCCCCCUGAAUUCCAUGACCACCUGAUGAGACGCAGGCAUCUGCUUCAGGAAGCAAGAGAAAAAGCAUCAAGCGUUGUCAAAAUUUGCAUGUCAAUAUUAGAGUUUGAGGCAUCUCGGGAUGGUAUUUUUCAGAUCCCUAGAGAGGGGUAUGCAUUGAGCACUGGCAGUGAUAGCAGGACAUGGCAGCAAGCUUACUUCAAUGCACUAACAAAAUUGGAGGUUACCUAUCAUUCUUUUACACGUAUUGAACAAGAAUGGAAGCUUGCUCAAAGCAACAUGGAAGUUGCUUCUAGUGGCUUGUAUUCUGCAACUAAUGAACUAUGCAUUGCGUCUCUUAAAGCAAAAUCUGCCUCAGGUGAUUUACAAAGCACUGUUCUUGCAAUGAGAGAUUGUGCAUAUGAAGCCAGUGUUGCUUUAUCUGCAUUUGCUCGUGUAUCGAGAGGCCAUACUGCUUUAACUUCUGAGUCUGGUUCAAUGCUGGAAGAGGUUUUGGCAAUAACUGAAGAUCUGCAUGAUGUCCACAAUCUGGGAAAGGAGGCUGCAUCUGUACAUCGUUCUCUUAUGGAAGAUCUUUCGAAGCAGGCAAAUGCAAUCCUUCUUCCACUAGAGUCAGUUUUAGCCAAGGAUGUCUCUGCUAUGACUGAAGCUAUGGCUAGGGAGAGAGAGACCAAGAUGGAAGUAUCUCCAAUACAUGGACAAGCCAUAUACCAGUCUUAUGGCUUAAGAGUUAGGGAGGCUUGCCAGACCUUCAAACCUUUGGUGCCAUCACUUACCUUUUCUGUGAAGGAACUACAUUCAUUGUUGACCACACUUGCGCGAACUGCCAGUCUCCAUGCUGGGAACCUGCAUAAGGCUCUUGAAGGACUGGGUGAAAGCCAGGAAGUAAAAUCACAGAGCAUUAGUUUGUCAAGGCCAGAUCUUGCCAGUGAUGCCACUGAAUAUGAUGAAAGAGGGGGUGAGAGUAUCUCGACAUCAGGCAGUGGGAGCCCCAAAGAUCUUGUUGGUCUAACUGGGAUUCCUUUGCAAGAGAAAGAAUGGAUAUCACCACCAGAUAGCAUUGGAACUAGCGGUACGGAAUCUAGUAUUACCUCAAAUGGUACUAGUCUUUCAGAUAGCAUCAAUGACCCAAUAGUAGAGAUGAUGGAAAAGAUUUCACUUGAUUCUAGUCAGAAAAAGGAUCAUGGUGAUCCAAAUUUUGUUCCAUCUUCUGAAAGUGAAUAUGAUGAAAUCUCACAUUGUGGGCAUAGAAUGUCCGAGAACAUGGAGGUAAAAAAUACUAAUGAAGUGAAAUCAGCAAAUGAAGAGACCAAUGAAAAUCUGAAAACUGUACCCUCAGUGAAUGAUGAAGCAGUGAGUGCUCCUCUUGAAUCUUCGCAACCUUCAAACAAGGUGAACUUGGAUGUGAAAUUUCAGGGUAAGGACGAAGUAUCUACAUUAGGCAAAAUUGAGGUUGGUGAUGAGAGUCAUGAAGUUCCUGUUCCUAGCACAGACACAGCAAGUCGAAUAGCAAGGGGUAAAAAUGCUUAUGCAAUGUCAGUCCUAAGACGCGUUGAAAUGAAAUUAGAUGGGCGAGACAUUACGGAGAGAAGGGAAAUUAGCAUUGCAGAGCAAGUGGAUUAUCUACUUAAGCAAGCUACUAGUGUUGACAACCUUUGUAGCAUGUAUGAAGGUUGGACGCCAUGGAUUUGAAGUCUUUGUUUGCAAGUUGGUGUCAACUGCUGGAGGUACUUCAAUUACCCGUCAUGUUGGCUGACUAGACACAACGGAGUCAUUGUCUAGGAUGGCAUCUAUUGGCUUACAGAAAAGAAAAAAGAAAGAAGAAAGAGAAGCCUGGUCCCCUCUUGCAGAACGAACCCGUUGCCCCUACUUGAGGAAUGAGAUGAAGGGCAUAUGCUCCAACCCUGUUUCAGAAUACAUCUCAAGAGGAGGUGCUUUAUCAUCAAGUUGGGAUAGCCACAUCGAGGUUUUGAGCUGGAGUUUAUUUUGGCUUCAUCUGCCUCCCAUGCAACUGGGCCCGACGGCGUAAUGGCAAACAUUGGACAUCAUUUAGAUGGGAACUUCGAUGAAAGCCGCCAUACAUUGUGGUAUCAAAAUGAUCACCGGUUGACAUGGAGAAAAAAGAUUAGCUUCAUGAUUUCUGCAAAAUCUCGUAUGGCAUUUCCAUCUUUGCUUUGUUAGAUGAAGUCUCAUUUACUUUUAUCAUAUUGGCAGUGAAUAAAAAAGAAUGAUGUGUAUAUCCAACUCGAUAGAUUGAUAUUUAUAUGUAAUCAUUACAUUUGCUAUAUAUGUUCUAAGCUGUAGUCCUUAA